GUUCCGGCGGUGCCAACAUGGCGGCCAGGUAAACACGGCCGGGGAUCUCGGCGAAGGGUGCGCGGGCAGCGCUGCGGGGCCGGGAGCCGCGGUCUCCGCUCCGCUCCGCUCCCCGCGCCGGCUCGGGGCCGCGUGUCCUGCAGCGCCGCUGUCCAGGCCUCCCCGGCCCGGCGGGCUCUCCGUUCCUCUCCGGCCGUGCCCGGCGGGCGGGCGGCGGCUGCGCUGUCCCGGGAAGCGGGGCGGAGGGAGGAGGGACGCGUCUGCUGCCGAAUCGCCCCGUAAACUGGAAGCAGCUGUAAACAAACGCGAAGCGACAAAACUGUAAAGAACACGGAAUUAAAAACCAGAGCUGGUACCUUCUGUGCUUAACUCUACUUAACCCCUUUCUGAAAUAGCUGGUGAUUUUUCUGCCGGGAUGGGCCAGCUCGGGUAACUCCGCUGGCUCUGUGGUGACUUGAAGGGGCUGGGACUUGUUUGGAGUGGAAGAUGUGGAGCGGGCUGGUGCCGCCUGGCAUGAACGAAAGUGACAUUGACUUCAGUUCUGAUGAGGGAGAUGGAUCCUGCAGUUCGCUGGCAAAGGAAGAUGCAAAAGAAGAUACUGAAAGCGUUCAGGAGAAUGGACCUGAAGGUGAUGCUGUCAGUGAACCAGUUGUGAUAUCCGUGACAGAUGGAGAAAAUGAAUCUCAAACGUGUCCUUCUGGAAUUCCUUUAAACAUGUGGAAUAAAUUUCUGGAGCUGCAGAAGAAAAACCGUGAAAUGAAAAUGGAAGCAAACCAGAGAAACAAAAGCCGAAAAAGAAAGCGCCACAGAAAAGAAAAACAGAAAAAGGACAAUGAAGUGACUGAGAGUAGUCAAGAGUUGGUAGAUGAAGAGAAAUGGAAAGAACUUACACAAUACUUUGGAAUCAAUGACAGAUUUGAACCACCUGUGCAUAGCAGGGCUCCGCAAAAGUCUGGCCUGGAACUUAGCAUAGAGAAGUGUGUGGCUGAAGGUGACAUUGAUAAGGCCGAGGAGCUGAGUGACAGAUUAGCCACUCGUGAGCUUGGUGUGAAAAUUGCCAAAGCUGCUGCUUGCCGCAACUUUGUAAAAGCCAAACAAGAAGCAGAGGCUGCCCAAGAAGCUCGAAAGAAAAAGAAGCUUGCUUGGGGAUUUGAAGCCAAGAAAAGAUGGGAAACAAAAAGCAACAUGGGAUACAUGUAAUCCAUCCUGUUUUCCUCUGGAGUCCAAUGCCCAGUUUUACUUGAAGAACCUUUGUGAGCGACUUCUUAAAUUGAAACACAAAAAAAAUCCACAAGCAAAAGCCAACACCUCAAAUCUCUUGUGUUUCUCUUAAUGCUGUUAGACUGUAGUAUCUCUUUUUGGCUCUUUUUAUAAUGUAGCAAAAAUACUAUCUAAACAUCUUACAUAUAGUAUUUUUCUCCAAAAUAUGAAAAUCUAAGAUAAUUAAUUGUAGAAUGCAUUUGGAGUCUGGUAGAGAACUCUCUAGUUAGAAUAAAAUACUUGGUCAAAUGUGUUUUGUGCUGCACUGCAGUUAUAAUAUGCCUGGCUAUAAGGAGAGGGGUAAGUUUUCCUGCUGAAGUUAUACAGACUUAAUGCAGUAAAUACUACUAUUCUGAUUGCUUGAAAGUUGGGGGUGGCGCUAAUAAAGGAAAGCAAAACUACACUACCUGUUUAAAACUAUUGUUAUUGAUGCAUUUAUGGACUUAGUAAAUGUAAACAGAAAAAAAAUCUGGCUGAAAAAAGUCCAUCCUCCCUCUUCUGGGAGGAUCUGGUACUAUUUGUCAUAUCCUGCUGCCAUUUUCUUCAGAAUAUUUCCAAUUCCCAUUUUCCCUCCCAAGAACUCAAGUUUUAGAAGUCCCAGUUUUUUUGAGCAGAUGAACUAUAAGUAUCUAUCUUGAAAAAUAUCUGAAAUGUGUUGUGCAUUUAGCUGCACCAAAGAAACAAAUGCAGGUUUUACUUCAAGUCAAAUGUUUUACAGAUCAGUUAGGAUUUGAAUGUUUAUGUUAUGAGAUUUUAACAAGAAUUUAUGAUAAUGUUUGUUCAAAACUUCUCAGUGAAAAGUAAGGACACAUUCAGAAUAACUUUUCUCCCCGAAGCCCUUGCAUAGAGGUUUAGUCACCACAAUGCGUGAAUUGAAUUGGUAAUGUAAAUGUCAGUUAUUGUUAACCAAGAUUAAUAUGUUUCAGGCCAAAGGUAUGGUAUUAGCGUAAUGGUGAUUUACUAUGUAAGUACUUGAGGCUAAAACAACUUGCCAACAAAUAGCAAUUUGAAGUCUUACAGCACCAAUUCGAAGAGUUGAGGUUUGCAGUCCAACAUGGAAUACUGCAUUUUUGUUCAUUAGCCCUCAGGAUGUUUGAUUCUUUUUCAUUUUUAGCAGAAAAUCGUAUUUCUUUCACAAAGAUGAGAGUUUGCAAUAUGGUAAUCUGCAGUUAGCUGUAAUUAGUUGUGAUGACAGAGUUGAAUACAAUUGCCAGCCUUGUAAAUCAGGGGCUAAACAGGUUUCUGCAGUGUAACAUCAUAAAUCUCACGCUAUGGUUUACAAACUGUAUUAGCUUUAGAAACUGUGGGGAAGGAAGCAAGUGAUGUAUCUCUUUGUAAACUGAUUAUGAAGGUAAAUAUGUUUACUUGCAUAAACAGAGAUGCCAUCAUGAACCUUCAUCAAGAUUUUUCUCAGUUUCAAAUGUUCCUGUCCAAAAUUUACAGGUGCUCUGUCCAUAAUUCCAGUUGUUUUUUAUGCAGCUGGCAGAGGAGCAGUAGAGCUGACGUUUCUGCUUGUUAUAUAAUGAGAAGCAGAAUGAUGCUGAUAAUUUUGUACUGAAAACAGCAUCAGUAUUCCAGUAAACAUUUAAAAGUUGUAUAUAUUAAACAGAUGCUAUGUUUUCUUGCAAUAGUUGCUUUCCAUAGUAACAAUAUUUAUUAGUGAAAUAAAGAUCUUGAUCUAAUUGUAAGAAUCAGUGCUGUUUGAUAUGAAAAAGUGCUUUGAAAGAAAUCCAAAUGCUCAAAAACCAGCUAUUGUCUGAGAACUUGCCUCACAGUAUUUAUUGCAGCAGUGCAUAGCCAGCCACCUGUAAUAUUUUUCAUUUAAAUUACCAAUUAGUUUUAUAUUAGGCCAUUAAUAACGUAACUAUUUAGCAAGUAUGCAGAGUAUUUGAAUUGGGUUACUUGUGGUGAAUUUAAAAAUUAUCACACUUCAAGUAUUGUGAUCUACCUAAAGUAUUUGCUUAGAAUAUUAGUUUAAUUCCCAGAAUUAUACCAUGUUCAAAAAAACUCUGAUUAACAGAGAAAAUACAAAAGCCUAAUACAGCUUUAUAGAGAUCAUCUAAAUACAUAAUAAAUUAACUCAUAACUGUACAUUUAGUAAACAUCCUCCUAAACUGCUGAUCUGAUUCUAAGGUGUCUUGCAUUCCUGACACUUUUUUUUGUGUGUGAAGUAGUUUUGCUAUGUGCUGUGAACUUUGGCCAAACAAGUAAAACUGCAUUCUGAGAUGUAACUGGUUUUAUAAUAAGCAUUUGGAUUGUUCUACCACUGUUUAUUUCAGUGAACUGAAACCUUUUUAAUCAGCUUAAAUAUAUAAUCUCUUAUACUGAACUAAAUAUGAGAUGUAAUAAUAAUUCUUUUAGCAAAUGAAAAGUUUGCACUAUCUCCUUGUCUGACUGAAAUUGCAUAUCUAGAGGAAUGCAUUAAACUAUUAAUUUCAGUGCAAACCAGUUAUGAAGCCAAAUAUUUAUCAGGAGCACAUUUGAUGAUAUGUUGAGUUGCAUAACAGUUAAAGGGCAGCCUUGCCUAAGCUCCUUCCUACCCCUCAGAAGCCUUGAAAAACAUAAAUACAUGCACUAGUUCUGCCCCAAUAUUUUCUCCAGCAAUAUUUCAUAUUUCUUCCAACUAUAGUCAUGGUACCCUCUUGGAUAUCCUGUGUAGUCCUAAGUCAUUUGAAGAAAAAGGUCGUAGCAUCCCAAGUGCAGCUCUCCAGAGUCCAUAGAAGAAGUAACUUUGCAAAGGGGAAUGUCCUCUGACAAUUGUGCAUGUUGUGUGGACAAGAGCUGGAUCUUGAGCUACCUGACCAGACCAAAGUUGGCUCCGUCCUGUGCCAGUGAGGCCCUUAAUGAAGUUUAUUACUCAGGUACUACCACACAGCGAGGUGGUGAGAUUGCUUAUGGGUUUAUAACAGACUUGUUCAAAGCCAAGUUGAUGUCUCUGUGCAGUGUUUCACUAAGUGGUGUAAAUGUUCCUCAUUGUAUGCUUCUCACAUUGGUGUCACUUUUUCAUUUCUGCUCUCAUCUGGGGAUAGUCCAGACUCAUGUUCUUACAAUUUUAUUGCAUUAUAAGGCCUACACAAUUGAAAAAUAAAUUAUUUAUCAGCUCCUAUGAUAAAAUACAGCCAGUUUGAAGUCUGACAACAGCAUGCUAAUGUAAUUACUAGUAUUUCUUAAUACUGCAUUCCUGAGGUCCUAAACCAAAGAGUGGCUGCAGGGACAGUUUGACAGAUAAAAACAUAUAUAUAGUUGUUAGAGCUUUAAUGGUUUUUUGCCUGCAACCAUAAUCUGUAUCAUUAUUUUUUAGUUUAAUUCUGUUGGACAAGUUUCAAAGAUAAAUAUGGUGUGUAAUAAGUCUUUGCAGCCUCUAAUUUGUGAAGGAGUGUCUGUCCAGUUAAUACUUGCUCAUUGAAGCAAAGGGUUUUGAAAUAGCUGAAGUACGAACUGUAAUUACUGAUGUCUGUUUCCUAUUCACCUAUGGCUUCUGGCAUUUGAUCAAAAAAUGUAAUGUAUUGCUUAAUCUCAGAGCAUUCCCCACUUUCAAAAAUAUUUACUUCAUGAGAAUUGUACAGCACUAAGUGACCUCAGCAAAACCAGAGCAGAUAUUACUUGGCAUGGAUUGUAUGUAGUUAAUCCACCAACAAGUAUUUUUCCUGUUAUUUUUGAAUGCUGGUAAUUUAGAUAUGCAUGUAUUUAUAAUCUACUUCUAGCAUAAGUUCAAUGCAUUUAAAAAAGUAUUAAAUAUAUUAAUAAUG